GCUGAGGCUGGUACCUUUUCAUUGUCUUCCCCCAUUGCGUUGCUCCUAAGUUUUUUUUAUUUCUUGCAUAUCCAUCAUCACAAUUUUCAACAGCACACCACUCUCAUGGCAAUCAUCUUCUUCUUCGUCUUCCUCACAACGGCUGCUGCAAACCCAUUGCUCGACUUAUUCACACCUGACGACUUGAUAACAUCAGCUGGAUAUGGGGAUCAAAAGCUCUCUACAGUCCUCGUCACAGGCUCCCUGUUCUGUGAUGCUUGUUUAGAUGGAAAUUCUCCUCUUCAAUCACAUCUCCUCCAUGGAGCAUCAAUGGCAGUUUCAUGUGAUACUAGCAGGAAGACAAGUAAAUCAGAUUGGGUAAGAGGCAUAACCGAUGAAUAUGGAGAUUUCGUCAUCGAUCUUCCCUCCCAUCUCCAUGCACUUCCAAACAUGGAAAAGAGAUGCAGACUCAAAAUCCUUCAGCUACCAAACGCCUCUCCCUGUCACCAAGCUUUUACAGGUGAAUACAGAGGGAUAAAAUUCUCAUCAGCCAAGAAUGGAAUUCGCACAUACACUGCCCACGAGAUUCAUUUGACACCUAAAAAUCCACAAGCAUGCAUGAACGAAAAAGGCAGGGGAAAGAUGCUGGUUCACACAUUCUAGGAAGAGAUGUCAACGUUAGCCACAUCUCAUGCUAGAAGGCGCUUCAGUCACAAUAAUGAGUUGUGGAACUUGAUCUUGUUUCAUACGAGUGUGUUUGGAAGAGGAAUGUACAUAGUAUAGCAUGGACCUUAAUGAAACAAUUUGUAUGUAUUUGGUAAGAAAUACAAUCUUUACAUAUUUGAUAACCGUGGCUGUCUGUGCCAGUUUUAUGCACACCUCGACCGAUCUCAUGGGUACCCUGAAGUUAACAGUCAAACAAACCCUCUAGUAGCCCCAAGGGGUCUUAAACUAGUAAGUUUUACCACUUGAACUACCCCAAAGGGUUUAUA